AGAAUCUUAGACAUCCUAUAAAUGAAGGGGAACUCAUGAUUCACUUUGUUGCCCCUGCUUUUAGAGUGAGCAUUAAUCAAAAUCAGAAGAAGUUUCGAAAACUAUGGUGUGAGCAACAAUUAGUAGCUAGUCAAGAAAGACGUAGAGUUGACCAAGAUCCUAAUGAUGAUCGUGCCCGUAUGGGCCAGAAAAACGGAUUUAAUCAUUACUCUGCCAACAGGACCGGUUUUAGAAG